UUGCUGCUAGACGGUCAAGUUGUAAGAGGAGCUACGGCAGAAGACUGAACUCUGUGAGUUGGAAAUUGGAAUUCUACGCAGAUGGGUGAAACUGUGAAAGAGUUCAUGGGAAAGUUGGGAUUGGGCGCUUACGCUUGAAAGGCCAUUUGGGUUUUCACUCUUCGGAAGAAGAAGAAGAAGUUAGUUCUGAGUCCCGACCAUGGAAAAUUUUCUCUAUUUGUUGGGUCGGGUUAACCCCUUUAACCAAACCCCUUUGCUAUUUGGGUUGAAGAGGAAGUCAACCCAUGAAUCUUCUUGGAAGAAAGCUGGAAGAAGGAAAGGAGGUGGCUGACUGGGGUGGGUGGCGUUUGGACUUGGUUGCAUUGUGAUGUGCAUCAAUAUUCAAUUGUUCCCUGCAGAGGUACUUCUGCAGAGUUAGGAAGAAGAAGAAGAAGCAUUGUUGGAUUUUCCAUACAUGGUCUGUUCUCAAAAAGGUCAGGGGAGCAAGAUGAGUGUGUGCUUGAGAAUGAAGAAGAAGAGAGAAGCGAGAGAUGAGGCAUCAUUUAUAAAAAAUGGAAGUAUGUUGAUGCAGGAGCUGAUUUCCUUUUGUAAUGGAAAAUGUAAUCCUAUUCGUAACUUCACUACCAAAGAGAUCGAGAGAGUAACAAAUAAUUAUGACACACUUUCUUUAUGUUUGGCACGAGAUUGUAGAUUAUACAAGGGUUUUCUUCAAGACAGACCAGUUUUUGUUAAGAAGUUUGGCGGUGAAUUUGUGGUGCAUCAAUUUGUUGUUAAUAGCAUUGUGAUUGGAUCAAGGAUGAGUGUCCACAAGAAUGUUCUGAGGCUUAUAGGAUGCUGCUUAGAGGCCCAAACUCCAAUUCUAGUGCAUGAAUUUGCAGAGAAUGGAAGUCUUGAAAGUAGUCUCUGCAGUUCCCGUGGAACACAUCGACAGCCUUUAGCUUGGAAAUGUAGGCUGAGGAUCGCAAUGGAUAUAGCUAAUGUAGUUGCGUACCUCCACACUGCAUUUUCUAGGCCCAUAAUCCACAGGGAUAUUAGAGCUGCAUCGAUUCUAUUGGAUAAACAUAAUGUGGCCAAAUUGUCUGAUUUCUCACUGUGCAUUUCCAUUCCUGACGGGGAAUCACACGUAAAAGAUGUUGUGAGGGGAAGAAUAGGGUACAUUGCACCUGAAUAUUUAAAUACUGGUUUUGUGAACGAGAAAGUGGAUGUUUUUGCUUUCGGUAUGCUUCUAUUUGUGCUUCUGAUUGGACAACGCUGGUUUUGUGAGGAUGAGCAUGCGAAUGUUGAUUCUUUUGUUCUAUCCAAUCUCGAGGGACUUGAUCUUGAAAACAGUCUGCUUAGUGAGGUUGUGGAUCCUUCAAUAUUGGAAGAGGAAGGUUGGCCUGGGAAAGAGCAGCAGUUGCAAGAUCUUGCAGCACUUGCGUUUAAAUGCACCAAUAAAAAAGCGGAAGAUAGGCCAAUGAUGAUGGAGGUGGCAAAACAGCUUAGGCAAAUUGACAGUUGCAGCAAUUGAUAUGAAGCUCAAACUCAGAGGGAUAUUGAAGUAUGCAUGAGUUCUCCACAAAAAUGAGUAACAACUUCCUACUCACUUCAUUUUUUUUUUUUUUAAAUUUUAAUAACAAAAAAAAAAAAAACCUUAUCCAAAAAAAUAGAAGAUCGACCCUCUCUCACUGAAUAUCUAAUCUAAGAUGGUAUUUGGAAGUGUCCUUGUAGAUUUGUGUGGAUUUGGAUAAAUUCAAUCCACUUUGUUCAAAUCCACAUAAAUUCAAACCUGAACUCCAAGCUCCCAAACACACAGAAAAUGUUAAUUCUGUGCAAUACAUUCAGGUAGGAAUCAUGAAUGUGUUAUCCGUGUAAAACGUUACUCUAUUGAGGCAACAACAAUGACAGUCAUGCCAUGAGUCUCACAAGAUGGGAUUGGCUGCAACAUAAAUAGGAAAUGCGAAGUCAAAAAAAUGCACGCAAAUCCUUUUAGAAGUCGGCAUGAAUGAAGAAGAGUGGUUGGAUAGAAUAGUCCAAGAACUUUAGGCAAAGUCAAAAGAGAUGAGGAAUAGUAAGAUAGUACAUGAAUUCUCUCGUCUCCCUUUCUCCGUCUUAAUUACCAGAAGUCAAAUCAGAGAUUGUUCAGAAAUCAGCUUUAUAUUGCUGUUUGAAAUGUAUAAUUCUCUCUAUUCCUCUCUCCCUCUCUCUCACAGAAAUCAGUCUUCCUUUACCUUAUAUGGCUGGCUACCUGUUUUGUGCAUAAUUUGCUGUGGCCUUGUUUUGGUGCUGUGUUGGGUUUGAACACUGCAAAAAAUUAAGAAACUAAAAUUUUUCAUUUUUUUGGGAGGAGGAACCGAACUGAAUCACUCUUGGAACCAAAAACUGAACCAAUUUGGUUUGGUUUAGAAAUCCUGAGAACCACUCACCUCACAGCAUUUCCUAAUUUUCUCCAACUUUGCAAGGAAGCCAUUGAACCAACUCAACUUCUGAAAACUUCUCCAAGUUUUAAAUUAUUCUUCUGUACUUCAUGACCACUUAAAAAAGGGUAUUCACUAUGAAUUGAAUAAUAUAAAUAGAUGUUAAAAAGUUUAUUUUUAGAAAAACAGUAAUAAAAUAUUUUGGUUUUCAGUCGAUACUGAAACUUGCUGAGCAUAACCAAAAGCCGAACCAAAUUUUUUCGGUGGCAAGAUUUUGAACUGAACUAAGCCGAACCAGUUUCGGAACCAAACUGAUGGGCUGAACUGGUUUGUGGAUUGUUAUAUUGGUUUGGAGCAAAAUUUGUAUAGCCUUACUGGUACGGAAUAUUGUAUCUUUGAUGCAUCUAAUGCAUACUAUAUUAGCAAAAAAGCCUGUUGUUUUGAUUCAAUGGUGAUGAAGUAAAUAUUUUUUUGUUUAUCAUGCUUGAGCUGGAUCUUGCAGGUGAGCAAGACUGUUUGAUGGUAAAAUUUUUCAUAGAAAUUAUAAGCAUUUCUUCCAGACCAUUUGAUUAUAAAAACUUUGCAGUAAUUGUGGGUGAUAAAUUGUUAGUCCAGAGACAACUUAACUUAUAGAUUAAUGUAAAAUACUCAUUUAGUUUACAAUUAGCAGAUUUUCAUGACAGAUGAGACAAAUAGCUUCACAGUUUUUCUGUUUUGCACACCCUGCAUUUUCCAGGCCCAUCAUCCAUGGGAAUAUUAAAUCCAAGACUCUACUAUUAUGUCAACACAAUGUUUUCAAACUGUCUGAUUUCGCAUGGUGCAUAUCUAUUUCUGAUUAUGAAUCUCAUGGAGGGACUUUGUGUGCAGAACUUGGGGAUUAAUUGCAACUAACCAUGCAUCUACUUGUUCUGUGACUGAGAAACCUGAUUUUUUUCCCCUUUGGCAUGAUGAUGAGAACAGGAACAAGGAUGACCAUGAUGACUAUCCAGUUGGAUGAAAUAUUAGGGUGAAAAUUAUGGAUUCAAUCAUACUGAAAGAUGCAGUUUGAUGGGCCGGGAAGGAGCAGUGUUUGCGAUUGCCAUUAGAUGCAUAAAGUAACAGUAGAUGACAUGACAAAAAUGACCGAUAUACCAAAACAUCUUUGACUGAUUGAGCAGUCUGCUCUUUGUAACUAGCUUUUCAGAUUUUUAUUUUAUUUGGAGUUUGGACUUGAGCUUUGGCUAGUGCCUUGGACUAUCUUUUUAACUUUUUUUUCCUUUUUUUUGUGUGUGUGUAUUUUGUUUCCCUUCUUUUUCUUUUCAGUAGAAUGCCCAAAAUUUUAAUUUA